AAAACAUAUACUCACUCCUUGACCAAGCGACCCACACGCCAACGUACUCGUCAAUGCAUCUCUCCGCGCGACUCGUCUCUGCCCGAUGCGCUUGUCGGAGAGCACGGAUGUGCACUGCAGCAGCAACGGCAAAAGGCGCGGACGCGUUGGCAUGGGUGGAUCCCUUGAACCGCAGAGAGGUUGCGCGCGUGCUGGAAAUCGCUGAACGCGCGACUGACCGGUGGGACGUGGUCUGGACGGACUUCCUGACUCCUCCGAUUGUGGCGGACAGCAUGGCGGCGCUGCAGGGACGGCAGGACGUCAUCUGCGUGCCGUGGGGCGGCUACGCACAGGCGGAGCGCUGCAGGCUUGCGUUGGGGAGAGAGGAGCUGAUGGAGUCACUGCGAUCAGACCCACAGCAGCUGGACGGCGUCGUGGCGCUGCAGGUCAAGGGCAACUUCAUGUUCGACCCGGCGAAGCACCCUGACUUCCUGGGCGCUAUCCUCGGGACAGGUGUGGUGCGGGAGAAGGUGGGGGAUAUCCUGGUGCAGGGCGAGUCGGGGGCGCAGAUUCUGGUGGACCCCGAUCUGGUGGAGCACUUCGAGACCAGCUUGGUGCAGGUGCGCACAGUGCCUGUGGAGACGCGGCGGAUACCGCUGUCGGAGCUGUCGGUGCGGCCGCCGCGGCAGGAGGAGUUUAGCAGCGUGGAGGCGUCGAUGCGCCUGGACGCCAUUGCGAGUGCAGGCUUCCGCAUGUCGCGGACAAAGAUUGGAGACAUGAUCAAGGCAGGUGACGUGCGGCUCAACUGGCGGCCUGUCACCAAGCCCAGCGUGGAGGUGAAGGAGGGCGACGUCAUUAGCUGCAGCGGCAAGGGGAGAGUGGAGAUCAAGGCGUGUGAGAUGACGAAGAAGGAAAAGUACGCGGUCACUAUGAUGCGGUAUGUGUAGUGACGCGGCGCUGGCACGCGGCUGGCUUUUCCUAUUCCUGGAGCUGCGGAAUGUUGGCUUGGCCGUGUAUGGUGGCGUGGGUUUGUACAGGGACUGAAGAGUGGUGCAGUCCUGGGAAUGUGGCAUGACUGCGGAGAAGCGCAAGGGCUGCUGGUCGCGCUGGUAUUGAUAGCGAACGCUAAUCGUCGCAGAGCAUGGCCGCGCGCGCGCCUAGGCGCUGAGACAUAUUUAUGGGACGGGCGGCAGUUGCAAUCUGACGUAUGCUUACACACAUGAAUACCGUCCGCCUUCCGGUCGUCUGUAACCGCCGCAAAUG